AGAGACCCGGAUUUUUCUUGCGCAUAUGUGACGAUAAGAUUGGCCUCUGGUACAACAGGCAACGGUUUUACAUUUACUUGCGGCAGAGGAAAUGAAAUCGUCGUUGCUGCCAUAAAAUCAUUGUCAUUUCUCGUUGUUGGGGCCACAGUUGUUGAUAUUUACAAAGAUUUUGCUGCAUUUUCUAGGUCAUUGACGAACGAAACCCAGUUGAGAUGGCUUGGUCCCGAAAAAGGUGUAACUCACUUAGCUACUGCCGCCAUACUUAAUGCACUUUGGGAUUUAUGGGCUAAACUGCUUAAAAAACCAGUGUGGCGCUUACUGGCGGACCUAACACCCGAACAGUUGGUCUCAGUAAUCGAUUUCCGAUACAUUUCCGAUGUGAUUACUAAAGAAGAAGCCAUCGAAAUCCUAAGACAAUCACAAACAGGAAAAGAACAGAGAAUUCAAACACUUCUUACAGGGGGAUAUCCGGCCUACACAACACAAGUGGGUUGGUUGGGAUAUACCGAGGAAACUGUAACCCGACUUUGCCAUGAAUAUUUAGCUCUGGGUUACACGCACUUCAAAGUAAAAGUAGGUCAAAAUAUUGAAGAUGAUAUCCGACGAUUGAGAACUGUAAGAAAAAUUGUGGGGCAGGACAAUAUUGUCAGCAUUGACGCAAACCAAGUGUGGGACGUUAACCAGGCGAUAGAAUGGGUUAAGAGAUUAGCAGAAUUUAAGUUACUUUGGAUAGAAGAACCGACCUCUCCCGACGACGUUUUGGGCCAUUUGGCAAUUUCAAAUGCAUUGAAACCGCUCGGCAUCGGCGUCGCAACGGGGGAAAUGUGUUGCAACAGGGUUCUGUUCAAACAAUUUUUACAAUCUAACGCUAUACAGUACUGCCAAAUCGACUCGGCAAGAAUUGGAGGCGUUAACGAAAUUCUCAGCGUAUAUUUAAUGGCGAAAAAGCUUGGAAUCAAAGUUUGUCCCCAUGCUGGUGGGGUCGGGCUUUGUGAAAUGGUACAGCACUUGCAGAUGUGGGACUAUGUGGCGCUUUCGGGAGACAAAGAGGGUCGAUGGGUCGAAUACGUUGAUCAACAACACGAACAUUUCGUUAAUCCGGUUGUUAUCAAAAACGCACAUUAUCAGGCACCAUUGGCCCCAGGUUAUAACACCACUUUCAAACCAGGGUCUUUAGCUGCAUACGAAUAUCCUAACGGUUCUGAAUGGCAGAAUAUGUUUGCCAAAGGAUUAUUCAAGGAUCCGAGGUUAAAUAGUUAAUUAACUUUAAGAAUUAAAAUACCGAAAUAAGAAAAAAAUUACGUUUAUGUAUGUACAGAAUAAUCAUAAAUAUUAAUUAUUGUAAAUAGUUCCUAAGAAUCCAUAGAAAUUAAUAA